GUAUCAUGUUAGUCCUGCUGUAGACUGUGAAAAGAAGCAUUUCCCUCCUACAAUACAAGGCAGGCAGAACCGCCGUUAUGGUGUGACCAACGUGAAGACCGGAAGUACCGGUGGACGGUCCUGUCCUAAACAAAACCCUAAAACCUCUCUCUCUCUCUCUCUCUCUCUCUCUCUCUCUCUUUCACUCCACUAUGACAUCUCCUUCUCUAAUCCCGGUUUCCUCCGGGGUUUCUAGUGAACAUCAUGGUACAAGAAAAAACAUGUCAUUUAGUAAUUCCUGUGGCUUGGACGUUGAUGUGGGAAUGAGUUCAGAAGUUGUAUCUCAGUACAAGAAAAGAAGGAUGUCUCAAAACACUGAUUUUUUGUCGUGUGAGGUUUCUAGAGAUAUUGAAGCUAUGUUACCUACUUUGAGGUCGGCUGAUUAUUAUAUGAAGCCCUGCUUGAAGGAGUUGGCUACUCGGGAGCUUAUGGACCCCGGUUAUUGUAGCCGAGUUCUGGAUUUCACAAUUGGGAGGGUUGGUUAUGGAUCGGUCAAAUAUCUUGGGGAGACUGAUAUACGACAGUUAGAAUUAGAUGAAAUUGUGAAGUUCCGUAGGCAUGAGGUAGUUGUGUAUGAAGAUGAAAAUACCAAGCCUGUGCUUGGACAGGGGCUUAACAAGGCUGCUGAGGUGACUUUGGUGCUUCAAGUAAGAUCACUGGAUUUGGAGAAGGGGAAACUAAAGAUGAUUGUGGAUAAGUUAAGAAUGAGUGUGGAGAGACAAGGGGCUCGCUUCAUUUCGUUUGACCCAGCAGGUGGUGAAUGGAAAUUCUCAGUUCAACAUUUCAGCAGAUUUGGAUUGAGUGACGAUGAAGAAGAAGAUAUUGUAAUGGAUGAUGCUGCUGUAGUUCAAAAUCCUGUUGGGAAGAAUGAUGGUGAGAUUUAUGAUCUUGAUGAUGAAACCCAGGUAGACACCACUGGUGUUCUGCUUUCUCACUCUCUUCCUGCUCAUCUUGGGCUUGAUCCUGUAAGGAUGAGAGAAAUGAAAAUGUUGAUGUUUCCUGAUGAGGAAGGGGAGGCAGAGGAUUUUGAUGAUGAAAUGCCUACACAUAAGAAGCCAUCUUUUGGUAAAGAAUACAUAAGACCUCCUUUACACAGUUCUGCUCAGAGGAUGAGCCAUAGAUCUAGUCCUCCAGUUGCUCGAAAAACCCCGUUAGCACUGCUCGAGUACAACCAUGGUAGUUCUGACUCAAACCCUCCUGGGGCCAUUCUGAUGGCCCAACAAAAUAAGGGUCUCUCACUGAAGCCAAUGAAACCUGAAGGUUCAGGUUUUAAGCUAGACCUCAAGCAAGAAACACCAGUAACUAGAAGCCAUUCUUGCAACAUAGUUGAUGCAGGAUUGUUCAUGGGUAGGUCAUUUCGAGUUGGGUGGGGCCCAAAUGGGGUCCUUGUUCACACUGGUGUACCAGUAGCCAGUAACAAUUCUCAGAGGGUGUUAUCCUCUGUAAUCAAUUUAGAGAAGGUUGCUAUCGAUAAAGUUGUUAGAGAUGAAAAUAAUAAAGUCAGAGAGGAACUUGUUGACUUGGCUUUUGAUUCUCCAUUAAAUCUCCACAAGGAGAUAAAUCAUGUAACAGAAGAAGUUGAAGUUGGGUCCUUCAAGCUGAGGCUUCAAAAACUUGUCUCAGAUCGCAUCAUGCUUUCAGAGAUUUGCAGGAGUUAUGGAGAUAUUGUUGAGAGGAGGUUGGAGGUUCCUGGGCUAUCCUCCUCUACCCGUGUAGUUUUGUCUCACCAAGUAAUGAUAUGGGAAUUGAUAAAAGUUCUUUUUUCUGAUAGGGAAAGUAGUGCACAAUUGAAGUCCUUGGGUGCUGACAAUGAGGAAGACAUGAUGCAAGAUAUAAAGGAAGCUUCUUCAGAAGUUGACCCAGAAGCACUCCCUCUUAUUCGAAGAGCAGAGUUCAGCUUAUGGUUGCAAGAAAGUGUUUGUCCUCGUGUGCAAGAUACAAUAAGCUCAGUGAAUGAAUCAAAUUAUUUAGAACAUAUAUUCAUACUCUUGACUGGGCGGCAGCUUGAUGCAGCUGUGGAGCUGGCUGCUUCUAGAGGAGAUGUGAGAUUGGCUUGUUUAUUAAGUCAGGCUGGUGGGUCCAUGGUGAAUCGUGCUGAUGUUGCACAGCAGCUUGAUCUUUGGAAAAUCAAUAGGCUGGAUUUCAGUUUCAUUGAGAAGGACCGGUUAAGGCUUUAUGAAUUGCUCGCUGGUAAUAUUCAUGGUGCUUUGCAUGGUGGGAAAGUUGACUGGAAGAGGUUUCUAGGUUUAUUGAUGUGGUAUCAACUACCACCUGACACUUCCUUGCCCAUUGUUUUUCACAGUUAUCAACAUCUUGUUGAUAUUGGAAAGGCUACAUAUCCUGUUCCGGUAUACAUUGAUGAAGGACCAGUAGAAGAGGCUGUUAAAUGGAGUACAAAAGAACGUUUUGACUUCUCGUAUUAUCUUAUGCUGCUUCAUGCCAGUGAAGAGGGAGAGUUUAGCUUCUUAAAGGCUAUGUUCAGUGCCUUAUCUUCAACACAUGAUCCUCUUGAUUACCAUAUGAUCUGGCAUCAGCGUGCAGUGUUGGAAGCAAUUGGUGCUAUCACUACUAAUGAUCUUCAUGUUCUUGACAUGGGACUUGUCUCGCAGCUGUUGUGUGUGGGGAAAUGCCACUGGGCCAUCUAUGUGAUUCUUCAUAUGCCCUACCGUGAAGAUUUCCCAUAUCUGCAUGCUAAUCUUAUUCGGGAAAUCUUGUUCCAGUACUGUGAAUCAUGGAGUUCAGAAGAAUCGCAACGCCAGUUUAUUGAGAACUUGGGUGUACCAGCUGUGUGGCUUCAUGAGGCUAUGGCAGUUUACUUCAACUACUAUGGGGACUUCUCAAAGGCACUUGAACAUUUUCUUCAAUGUGCACAUUGGCAAAAAGCUCAUUCUAUUUUCAUAUUGUCGGUUGCUCAUAAAUUGUUCUUGUCAGCCAAACACUCGGAGAUAUGGAGGCUUGCUACAUCUAUGGAGGACCACAAGUCAGAAAUUGAAAAUUGGGACUUGGGAGCUGGAAUUUAUAUUUCAUUCUAUCUAUUGAGAAGUUCAUUUGAGGAAGAUAAUGUUUCCAUGAGUGAACUGGAUUCUAUUGAGAGCAAAAAUGCUGCUUGUAGAGACUUUCUUGGUCGGUUAAAUGAGUCUUUGGCAGUUUUGGGUGGCAAAUUACAAGUUGAUGCAAGAAGUUUCCUACAAUUUUUACUUCCCAAUCAACAUAAAGACAAGGCGUUUACUCUGGCACUGCAUAAAACAUUGAAUUUGCCAGACUGUUGUUCUCUUGCUUGGCUUAUAUGUAUGUCUUAUACAAAGUGAAUUUGACAAAAUGCUCAACUUUAACCAUCUAUGAUGACAGAAUUGUUUUUUUAAAUGUGUUAUUUUCUGUGAAGCUCCUACUUAACUGUUUCCCAAACUUAAAACUUUACAUGAUUUAGGAGAGCAGUUUCAUAUCCAUAACCAAUAAAAUGUUUAAAAUAUUGCCUGUUGCGGCUUCUCCUUCAAAAUCUUACAAGUUUAAUGCUUGUAUUAUUAUUAUUUUUUUCUUUCAAUAAUUCAAUAGUUAGGGGUGGGGGAUUUCAACCCUAAAUGUCUCUGUUAUAAAUACCAGAAGGUGUUAACCAGUUAAGUUACAAAACUCUUGGCUUUAUGCUUGCAUUAUUCGUAACGAAAGAUUCCAUUACAUUGAGAUCAUAACUGAGUUCUAGAAUCAGAAAGAGUGAUAAACAAACCUGACUUAUUGGUCCAUAUUUCUAUAAAUUCAAUGCCAAAGUUUCAAAAUUGCUGGAUAUCCAUGCACAUAAUGAAAUCUUAUGCAUCUCUACUCUCUUGAUGACUUGUACCAAUUUAGCUUUGAAUUUUUUAUAUCAGCAAGGAGUAUGAUGAGAAAUGAACCCAGUUGAUGAAAGUUCUUGUGUGGAAGGUGGUUUCUUGCAUAUAUCAUGGUCAAACAAUUAAUUAUCUUUCCUAGGAAAAUCUGAUCUGUUAUACAUGAAGUAAUUAAAACAUGAAGCUGACUGUAUAAACUUAAGAACCAAAAUAUAUUGUAUAUUAAAUAAAGUUUGUAUUGUAGUGUAUAUCAGUGCCGACUGGAUAUAAAUCUGUAUUGCAGUGUAUGGAGAAGAUAAAACCUAUAAUGUUAAAGUCCAAGAAUCACUCUCCAAAUUUGGGAGAAAGGCUUUUAAUCAACUCUCUGUCCUAUAAUUCAGCAAAAAAAAAAAAAAAAAAAAAAA